CCAGCGGCGCGGCUGCAGCGGCGGCGGUCCUGCGCCUUGCCAACGGCGCGGACGGCGGUGGCGUCUUUCGCCACCGCUGCGGAUGCUCUCACAUGCCAUUUCAAAAAUUAUAAAAUAAAGGGAUGACAAAACUCUAAUUCCCAGAAAUUUACGCCUACUGCCUUCUUUCUCUCUGUUUCAUUUCUCCCCCAAUUUUAACCCAAGCAUACACGAAUUACGUCGUUGCUUCGAGAUCGCCCACCGUCAGUCAACAGGGUGGAGAGCCCCUGCCGUCGUUGCGGUUCGUACCGCUGUUGCCACCGCGCUGUUGUCUGCCAAGACCGCGCCUGCUCCGGCAGCCCCGAUUCCAUCCCGAAACAGCCCCGUUUUCCAGUUAAAGGGGAAAUUUCCAAAUGGUCAAGAAAUUGCAGUGAAAAGAUUGUCGAGGGAUUCUGGGCAAGGCAAUAUGGAAUUCAAGAAUGGAAGUACUCUUAUUGGCUAAACUUCAACACAAGAAUUUAGUUCGACUAUUGGGUUUCGCCUUAGAAGGAAUGGAGAAGUUGCUAGUAUAUGAAUAUGUUCAAAACGCAAGCUUGGAUAACUUCAUAUUCGCAUUCGGAUUUGGAUUGGGAUAGACGCUACAAGAUCAUAGGAGGUAUUGCAAGGGGAAUUCUCUACUUGCAUGAAGAUUCUCGUCACAAGAUCAUUCAUCGUGAUUUAAAAGCCAGUAAUAUACUUCUAGACAGUGAGAUGAGACCUAAGAUUGCCGACUUUGGUAUGGCAAGAUUGUUCGGACAAGAUGAAACGUUGGGAAAUACAAGUAGAGUUGUGGGAACAUACGGAUAUAUGCCACCAGAGUACCUUAUACACGGCCAGUUCUCAAUCAAGUCGGACGUCUACAGCUUUGGAGUAUUAGUCCUUGAAAUUAUCAGCGGCCGAAGAAAUAAUGGUUUUCGAAGCGGGGAUGGCAGCGUAGGAGACCUCAGCUUCGCAUGGAGAAGUUGGCAAGAAGGAAGAGGUGGAGAAGUGGUGGAUCCAUUUUUGAGGAGUGGUUCGGGUUCAGGUUCGACAAAUGAGAUGCAUCCAUAUUGGUUUGCUGUGUGUUCAGGAAAAUGCAGCGGAUUGACCAACCAUGGCUUCUGUGGUGCUUAUGCUGAGUAGCUUCUCCAUGACCCUGAAUAUACCUUCGGCGCCUGCAUUUUAUUCUACCGGUGGCUGUAAGUCGGAUCAGUCUUGUCGUUCCUCGUCAAAUCAAGCCUCCAUUACAGACUUGCAUCCACGCUGAUUCCCCACACCCUCCAAAAAGUUUGUUUUUAUUAGUUGUAAUGUUAGUUUAUUAUUCACAUAUUUUGUACAAUAUUCUUGUCUAUUAAAUUCUUUUUGUUUGCUUAGAUUAA